AAAGUAUUAAAAAAACAGUAAAAAUAUAGUCUUCACAUAAUAAACAAAUAUAUCAUGUCUGAAACAUUUGGCUUGUACUGGGUCUGUGCAACAAAAGAUCGUAGCACGCCAGUCGAGUUGGCGAGUGUAUCGGCCACCGCCAAUAUUGUCGACAUGGCUGCUAAAGUAACGAUCACGCAGACGUACACACGCCCUAAUUAUAUUCCGGAAAUCAAUGAGCUGUCAUAUGCGUUCCCGCUCGAUGAUAAAUCCGCUGUGUGUGGUUUCGAAUUGACCGUGGAUGGCAGGGACGUUGAGGGUGUUGUAAAGGAAAAGCUCGAGGCGAAAGCCGAAUAUCACCAAGCUGUGAGCCAGGGCUACACAGCCGCAUUAAUGGAGGAGUAUAAGGCUGACGUGUUCCGUAUUAAACUGGGAAAUCUUCCGCGGAAUGCAAGGGAGAUUAGCACCACCAUCACAUAUCUGGUGGAACUGAAAAUGGAAGUCGGUUCUAUCAAGUUCUUCGUGCCAACUUUCAUUGGUGCACGAUACACGCCUCCUGGAUGUACACCAACAGUUGACAGGAACCCGAAUUAUGUACCUAUCGUACUAACACUUGAAUGGGAUAUGCCUUCCAGAAUCCUAGAAGUGAGUUCGCCCACACAUCCUGACAAUGUCCAAUCAAAUGUUAUCGAUUCACACGCUACAAUAACAAUUCGCUCCAACACCCGCGGCGGGGACAUGGUGGUGCUGUGUCGACCCGAAAUACCUCAUGAGGCCAGGGCAUGUCUGGAGACCAGUGAGGAUGGCAGUCGUGUGAUGAUGGUCACCUUCGUUCCCAGGCUGGAAUUAAAGGAGCAGAAGUGUGAGUAUAUAUUUGUGGUUGAUCGCAGCGGGUCUAUGGGGACUGGGCAGAUGGAUAAGGCUAAGAGCGCUCUGCAGUAUUUCUUGCGCUCUCUCCCAGAGGAUAGCUACGUCAACGUGGUGGGCUUUGGCACGUCGUACGAUGUACUAUUCCCGAAACGUUCUGCACGGUAUUCUGAGCGUUCUCUCGAGGAUGCAGCUAAAUACGCACAGAACAUGAAAUCAAACUUUGGCGGCACCCAAAUUUUGCAGCCUUUGCAACACAUUUACGAUAUCUUACCAACGGUACCUCGCUAUAGUAGACAGAUAUUCCUACUAACAGAUGGACAAAUAUCCAACACUCAGGAUGUGAUAGCCCUUGUAGCUAAACACGCACCCGCCACGCGCAUGUUCGGACUUGGGAUUGGGACCGGUGUUAGCCAUCAUCUGAUGAAUGGAAUAGCACGAGCAGGGAUGGGCACCGCAGAGUAUGUGACAGAUAAUGAGCGCAUGUUAGCUGCAACAAUCAAACAGCUGAAGGCAUCGCAGGACCCAUGUAUUCAAAAGACAGUAAUCGACUGGUUGGACGAAAAGCGAGCUACGUUUGUAGAGCGCGAGACGGUAGCAGAUAAACCGGCGGAAAAGAAAAACUCGCUGCUAGGGUAUAUCACUCCAUCUAAGCGUGUAUCCGGCAUUCUCGACAAGGUUCCUGCUACGAUGAAGAAGCAAACUCCAUUCAGAUCUCCUCCUAUUUUCAAUGGUGAUAGAUUUCUUUCUUACUUUUUCAUGGAUGAAAACGAUUCGGUCCCCACCAAGAUCGUCGUUAGCGUGACAAUCAGGGGCGAGAAUGAUGGGGAACCUCUUGUGAUUGAGUUGCCGAUAGUCAAGGAGAAUACGUACGAAGGUACCGAUAUUGUGCACACAUUGGCCGCACGGUCGAUGAUACAAGAUUUGGAGGAGAGUGACAGCUACCUAGGUACAACGGCAACAGUCGAGGAUGAUCAAGUCAAGUCUGAAGUUGUGCGCCUGGGCGUUAAAUACCGACUAUCCUCUAAACACACAAGUUAUGUCGUUGUAGAUCGCUCCACCAAACAGGAAGUACCAAUUCUUCACCAUGCCUGCCGAAAGCGUCCCGACUUGUUUAGUAGUACACCAAUGAUGAUGGUGUGUAAGAGAUUAAGUGCGACAGGUACGGGUCGUAGCGCCAAUAGAUCACUCGGGCCAAUGUCGGCUACAAAUGCGGCACCGAUGAGUUGCAUGCCGAUGGCCAAACUAAGAACUGCAAGGGUACCUCGUAGAGGGCAUCUGUCUGGCGGAGGGGGCUCCGUCGGAAUAGUACCAAAAGGCGGUAUGUUCAUGGCUGGCAACGAGAGAAAGAAAAAGAAAAGGAGCAUACAAGAGGCAAUGAAAGAACAAGAGUCAGUUCCCAUGACGCGACAAAGAGGAUCUGAUAUUCCAGAUAUGUGCAAGAAAAUGGACAUCUGUGACGACAAGGGUAGUAUUGACGAUAUGGAAGAGGAUGAAUCUCCCGGCAAUAAACAGGCAGCGGUGUUGUCCAAGCAGGAGAACAUGGACAGGCUUGUGGCCAUGCAAGCUUUCAAUGGUUCAUUCAACUUUUGUCAAGCUUUGCUGGCGCUGCUUGAUGUAAGUGAGGUCUCUGUACGUGAUGCUUUCAAAGAUGUGGAGGGAGUAUCGGAUCUAGUAAUGAGUACUGCCCUUGCGUUGACGACGAUGCAGUUUGUACUAGUGGAGUUUGAGGAUACGCUCAAACUGAUAGAGUCUAAGGCUCGCCUAUGGCUGAUAUCUAAUUGUCAGAAUGUUGAUAAGGUAUUACGUAUUGCAAAGCAUACAUUGGAUGUCGCCAGCUGA